AUGGAGAACGGAACUCACGCAGGACAGAUCGUCCAGGUCUCGUUGGUGCCCACGGGACAGCUCUUCUUGCCUGACAAAUGGAUCCUCGCCGGCGCAGACCAUGCAACGAAGACCCUGUAUCCGGACUACAGCUUCUACGUACAUCACAAGCCAAGCGGCAGGAGUCUAAUGUUUGACUUGGGCAUUCGCAAGGAUUUAGAGGCAUAUCCCCAAUGCAUUCGAGAAGAAUUUGUUCUUACAGAGCCGCGAGUGCCGAAGAGCGCUGCUGAAUUGCUCGACGAGGCAGGCAUUUCGGCAAACUCGAUCGACUAUGUGGUCUACAGUCAUCUUCACUUUGAUCACAUCGGAAACCCGGACGAGUUUCCGCGCAGUCAGGUGGUCGUCGGUCCAGGCUCAAAGGCCGCCGCAUACCCAGGGUACCCGACGAACCCAGACUCGCCUUUCCUCGGGUCCAUCCUCGAACAUCCCAGUGUUCGAGAACUUUCGUACGAGGAAGACAGCUGGAUCCCGUUCGGUCCGUUCCCCAUCGCGUUUGACUUCUUUGGAGAUGGAAGUUUUCUCCUCCUCGAUGCUCCGGGACACAUGCCAGGUCAUCUGAUGGGGCUUGCUCGCACGGGUGUGGACGAGUACGUGGUCAUGGGCGGCGACUGUUGCCACCACAGGAAGAUAUUCACGGGCGAGGGCCAGCUGGGAGAAGGACACGGGCCGAACGGCGCAUAUUCCAUGCACAAGGACCUUGAAACGGCCAAGACCACCAUCGGCAAACUCCACGAGCUCAGCCAGAGAGAGGAUGUCCUGGUGUGCCUGGCCCACGACGGGUUCCUCGAACCAGCGUUGAAGGUGUUGCCCGCGACACUGGGCGGGUGGCGCAAGACGGGAGUGAAGACGGAGAUCGCAAAGAACGUCCCGCGGGUCUCUGUCGAGGUGAAGCCAUUGCCCGGUAGCUAA